GGAGAGUAAAAUGUGUUUGACAGGAAUCUGAACGAGAGGAGGAGGCGGCGGCGGCGGCACACGAGUGGAAAUCCGCACCUUCAAGACAUCGCCAUCACUUUUUUCCUCUCGUUAAUCUCCAGUCGCGUGCUGUCCGUUAACCGCGGGGAGGCGAAUGCGGUGAAUUAUUUGGAGGCUCAGCAACAGGGCACACAGAGUACAGGAUGCCGCUGAGUGAAUCAACCCCGCGCGCGGGGAGCUCCCGCGACUAGCGCCGCGCAAAGUAUCCAAAAAGGAGAAUGCGAAUGGUUAGAGAGGACAGGAUUCAAUUAAUAUGGAAACGAUGUAGCAUCACCGCCGCAUUGCAUAUAGCUCGGGGAAACAGGUUAGAAAGUAGAUAGCUAAAUAGGGCGCAUUUUGCCGUCAUACAUGCAAACUUACUCAUCAUCAAGCGCAACUAGCCUGUAGUAGGCUGCAACAAAAGGAACAGCUGCUCGACAGUGUCUUCAGAUACCAAAGAAGACAGAAUAAUUCAAGAUGUUACGGAGGAGGCUCAACCGAUUGUGUGGAGGAGAUGAGAAGCGAGUGGAUAGCAGGACAAUCUAUGUAGGACAUCGGCCAUGUCCGGACACUGUCAUCCCCUCUAAAUUCUGUGACAACAGGAUUGUGUCCUCCAAGUACACAGUGUGGAACUUCCUGCCAAAGAACCUAUUCGAGCAGUUUAGAAGAAUUGCUAAUUUUUACUUCCUCAUCAUAUUCUUGGUGCAGGUGAUUGUUGAUACCCCGACCAGCCCCGUGACCAGUGGUUUACCUCUGUUUUUUGUCAUCACAGUGACAGCCAUCAAACAGGGUUAUGAGGACUGGCUGCGGCAUAAAGCAGACAAAGAGGUGAAUAAGUACCCGGUGACGGUGUUAGAGGACGGCCGGUCGGUGAAGAAGGAGAGUGAGAAGAUCAAGGUGGGUGAUGUGGUUGAAGUGGUGGAGGACGAGACCUUUCCCUGUGACCUGAUUCUGUUGCAGUCCAGUCGAGAAGACGGCACUUGUUUUGUCACCACAGCCAGCUUGGAUGGAGAAUCCAACCACAAAACACACUACACGGUGCCAGACACUGAGAAGGACCUGCAGGCUCUUACUGCCACCAUUGAGUGUGAACAACCCCAGCCUGACCUCUACAAGUUUGUGGGUCGAAUGCACAUUUACAAGCUGGAGCAGGAGCCAGCAGUAAGAUCUUUAGGCCCAGAGAACCUUCUUCUAAAAGGUGCUACAUUGAAAAACACCAAGAAGAUUUAUGGUGUCGCAGUAUACACAGGCAUGGAGACGAAGAUGGCACUCAACUACCAGGGCAAAUCUCAGAAACGAUCAGCUGUUGAAAAAUCCAUCAAUGCCUUUCUGUUGGUGUAUCUAUGUAUCCUCAUCAGUAAAGCUGUUGUGUGUACUACACUAAAGUAUGUAUGGCAGAGCAAAGAAGGUCAGGAUGAGCCCUGGUACAACCAGAAAACCCAGAAGGAGAAAGACUCUAAUAUGUAUUUGAAGAUGUUUACAGACUUCCUCUCCUUCAUGGUCCUCUUCAACUUUAUAAUCCCCGUGUCCAUGUAUGUAACUGUGGAGAUGCAGAAAUUCCUGGGCUCUUUCUUUAUCACUUGGGAUAAAGACUUCUUUGACCCGGAGAUCCAAGAAGGCGCGCUUGUCAACACUUCAGACCUCAAUGAGGAACUUGGCCAGGUGGAAUAUGUGUUUACAGACAAGACUGGCACGCUGACCCAGAACAACAUGGAGUUCAUCGAAUGCUGUAUAGAUGGCUUCCAGUACAGAUACAGAGACACCCAGAGCGAGCUGGACGGUUUCACUGUGACGGACGGGCCUGUGAAUAAACUGCAGCAGAAGGCUGGAUGGGAGAAAGAGGAGUUGUUCCUGCGGGCCUUGUGUCUGUGUCACACGGUGCAGGUGAAGGAGGCUGGAUCGGAAGUACUCGCGGACCAAGUUGAUGGGAUUGAUGGGUUGCUGCUGCCCCAGCCGGAGGAGGAAAGAGGCUUCAUCGCAUCCUCUCCUGAUGAGAUCGCACUGGUGAAAGGAGCCAUGAAAUACGGCUUCACCUUCCUUGGUCUGGAGAGCAAGAGCAUGAAGAUAAAGAACAGGCAAAAUGAUAUAGAGGAGUACAAGCUGCUCCAUGUCCUAAACUUUGACCCAGUUAGGCGGAGAAUGAGCGUCAUUGUGCAGACCAAAUCAGGGGAGACGUUGCUUUUCUGUAAGGGAGCUGAUUCUUCCAUCUUCCCAAGAGUCAGACCAGAGGAGGUGGACAGGAUUCGCAUGCAUGUUGAGCGAAAUGCAACGGAGGGUUACCGUACACUGUGUGUGGCCUAUAAGCAGCUGAGUGCUGAGGAAUAUGCUAUGGCAGACACUGGGCUGAGGGAGGCUAGACUGGCUCUCCAGGAUAGAGAGGAGAAACUCAUGGCUAUGUAUAACCAGGUGGAGACGGGCAUGAGUUUGAUUGGAGCGACCGCUGUGGAGGACCGACUUCAGGAGGAGGCAGCAGAGACAAUGGAGGCCUUACAGGGCGCUGGGAUGAAGGUUUGGGUGCUGACGGGGGACAAAAUGGAGACGGCCAAGUCUACCUGCUAUGCCUGUCGUCUGUUCCAGCGGGGUACAGAGCUACUGGAACUGACUGUGCGGACACUGGAGGAUGCGAGGUUAAAGCGUGAUGAGAAACUUUAUGAGUUGCUACAGGAGUACCAUAGAAAAGCAGUGCAGGACGCCCCGCCUGUCAAAGCUGGGGUCACCAGGAGCUGGUCUACUGCAAAUCAGGAUUACGGCUUCAUCAUAGAUGGGGCGACGUUGUCAUUAGUGAUGAACCCACUGCGUGAUGCGGAUGCCAGUCAGUACAAGAGCCUCUUUCUGCAGAUCUGCCAGAACUGCACUGCUGUGCUCUGCUGCCGCAUGGCCCCCCUGCAGAAAGCUCAGAUAGUGAAGAUGGUGAAGAACUCCAAAGGUUCCCCAAUCACUCUCUCUAUUGGCGACGGGGCAAAUGAUGUUAGCAUGAUCCUUGAGGCACACGUGGGCAUUGGUAUUAAAGGUAAGGAGGGCCGUCAAGCUGUGAGGAACAGUGACUACGCCAUUCCUAAACUCAAGCACUUAAAGAAGCUUUUGCUAGCUCAUGGGCAUCUCUACUAUGUGCGCAUUGCGCAUCUCGUCCAGUACUUCUUUUAUAAGAAUCUUUGCUUCAUCUUACCGCAGUUCCUGUACCAGUUUUUCUGUGGAUACUCUCAGCAGCCCCUGUACGACGCAGCCUAUCUGACGAUGUACAACAUCUGCUUCACCUCCAUGCCCAUUCUGGCCUACAGCCUGCUGGAACAGCACAUAUCCAUGGAGAUUCUGCUGGACAACGCCGCCCUCUACAGGUACCAGUCUUCCUGUUUCUGA